AUGAGCCGCAUGGACAGCGGCACCGGACUGCAAGUCCUCGGCGUCGUAAUCGGCGGCCUCCCCAUGAUCAUCAACACCGUCUACGCCAGCAAACCCUACUACCCCGAGCUCAGCAAGACGCUCGACGACCUAAUCGAGACGCUCAAGGCCCAGCAUCUGCUGAUGAGAAACGACCUGCAGAACAUCCUCGCCGCGCAGUCCAGCAGUCUAGGCCCUGACCGCAUCGCCGAGAUCCUAGCCCAGCCGCACGCGAUCUACUUCCGGCACGGCGAGGUCAUUAGCGCCGUGGAGCGGGCGCUGGGAGACGGACGCGACGUGCACAGGCACGGACCUGCUACGGAAGGGCCACGACUCCGCAACAGCCCGCGAACCCGUCGUGUUCACCGUGGGCUUCCGCAUGCCCGCUGUGGUGAGGGGGUACUACGUGCUCGAGGUGAAGGCCAUCCACGACGCAAAGAGCCAGCCGCCGCCGGGCCCGUCCAGCGGGAAAGUCAACGGCGACCUCUGUGCGCUUGUAACGCGCGCCGCGGACGAAUCCCGCAGUCUGGAAAUGAGCAUCUCCGAAGAGGCGGGCGGGAACCUCAUCUGGAACGAACUGCAUCCGGCUCUGGCGCUCACGUCGCCGUCCCAGUCCCAGAUGCGCGGGCGUGGACGUGCGCCAUGUCCGACAUCCGACCUGACGACCCUGCACAGCAUCAUCCAGAACACGGCGCCGGGGUCCUGGAGCACGCCGCUGAAACUCCGGCUGUCGUUUUUACUGGCGUGUUCCAUCCUCCAGCUUUCCCCGACGCCGUGGCUUCCGAGUUCGCGCCCCCUAACCUCGGAGACGAUCUGGUUUACGAAGGAGAACGCAGCAAGCUUUACUAA